ACACUUAAUCAUAAACUUUUCCAAACUAACAUUCGCAAAUUAAAUGCAUGGUCUUUGAUGCCAGCUUGUAUUGGCUGUGGUGUUCAAGCUAAAAAUAAACUUGUACCUAUUUGUCUAACAAGUAAUCUGUUUCACCGUUGUAGCGGGAAUCGAACGGUUAGUACAGUAAUAGAAAAGUUUAAUAUUCCUCAAUUCGACACGUCAACGUUUCGAGAACAUUGGAUCAAAAUCACAUAUGCAUUGCAGAAAAUGUUGCCUUCUACCGAGCAUCCGGUAGAAUUACUUGAAUGUUUACAUCACCACAGAAGUAAGAUUCAGGCUAGUUCAUUGACGUGCGAUGACGGUAUUACAGUAUUAGGCUACUUUGAUGACAAAGUAGAUGAAAUGAAGAAGAAAAUGCAAGAAAAUAGCAUAAGAGAUAAAUUAAGAGAUCUCCCUCUGUUUGUGUCUUAUCAAGGAGAUGUUAUAAGCAUAACACAAUUUAGGGACGUAGUCAUUUUGCCUGAAGGUAUACCGUCCAAUGGAAUCGAUGCCUGGGCUCGUGUGACUGGUAUUCUACUGAUCAGAGACACAUAUAAACUUCGGAAAUUAUAUAAAUUUCUUCAGCUGUCGACAAUGACAGAAUUAGAAGUGUAUUCCGCCAAGAUUUUACCAAGCAUGCAGAACCUCCAAAGGAACACCUGGGAUAUUCAUAUAAGAUACAUGAAAGAUCAUGUUUUAACAACAUAUUUUAGUCAACAGCUUAAUGAGACCCUACGUAAUCUUGUUGAGCAACUUAAAAGGUUGGCAUUUAUAAGAGUUGCUAACACAGAUAAAAAAGUGUGUGAUCUCUAUGAUCAUAGGCAUACUGUUUUUUCCUGUAUGCUUACUGAUGACUAUUUUCUUCCAGAAAAAUACAGGGAGUAUUCCUGGUUAAAAUUUAUGGAAAGAUUGGGACUUACAUUGGAGCCUACCGGUGGAAUGAUGAUUGACUUUGCACUACGUAUAGAGAAAACCAUAUACGCACCAAUCAGCAAUUUGACUGAAAAACAGUCGAAUGCUCUGACUGACUGUCUUUUUAGUAGCAGCUGGACUGAACAAACGUUGGCUCGAAUAAGAAGUAUACGAUUUAUUGUGCCAUAUAAAGUUGAUUUGCAAAGAACAAACGUAGUAAACCAGCCAGGAAAUGGAGAUCAGUUAAUCUGUUUUUCUGGAGGAGUGUCAUGCAAACAUGCCGAUUUAUGUUGGUCAGUUUUAAAUGUUCUUUCACGUGUUCCAACUUCAACAGAAAUGUCGAAAAGUCUAGGCAUUCAUCAAGACCCGCCUAUUGACAAAAUUGUUCAGCAUUGUCAAAACGUUGCUGAUAUUUUUAAAGUACAGUUAGAAAAACGGAGUGUUCACCCAAGCUUUGUUAAUUACCAAAUGAGUAAGCUGUAUAAGGUGCUUCUUAAAAAUUUCAGUGUGGCAAUGCAGCAGAAUUUCCAGGUAACUCCUAUCGUUUUCCAUCAAGAAGACGAAAAGAUGUUGCCUCUGAAACAAAUUGUUAUAAAUCUGACAGAAGAAGAAGAGAUAAGGCCAUAUUUAUACAAACUCCCCAACGUUUUUGGCCCAUACGCGGAACUAUUUUACAAGCUUGGAUCACACAAAGUUCCGAUUUCUUCCGAUUACUCAAUGGUCUUAGACAAAAUCAAAGAACAGUUUGGAGAUGGACCAGUGCCUCCUAAUCAGCUAGUGUUUGUAAAGAGAGCUCUUGAAAACAUUGUUAAGAUUUCGGAAAAAGAACGCGAACUGUUCCCGGAUGUAAUGCAGUUGUUCAUCCCAAAUCGGAAUAAUGUUUUGGUUUCAUCAAAAUCCUUGACCGUUUCAAACAACGACGAUAUAGCAGAACAGCUGGAGGGAAAAGUACAUAUAAAUUUCUUCGUAGGAUUUAAAGAAAUGGAAAUAAAGUGUGUACGAGACCCGGUAUUACCUUUCCUAAUGUGGCCAAAACACCUGAGACCAGAUAUUUUGACAACAGUUGUUACGAAACAAAUUUCGACUGAUGAUGUUGUCCAGGAAGAGUGCAUACAGGCACAUCGAAUAGAAAGUUCUAUACGAUCUCCCCAAUUUAUAGAAGGACUUUUACGCUUAGUGAAACAUCAAAUGAAGCUCCAUAGAGCCACAUUCGAACGUAGUCUUGAAAAUACAUUGAUGCUUCGCCUAAGAAAUGUACGGAUUACCAAAGUUACAGGACUUAAAACAUUCCUGUCAUAUAAAGGACAGAAAGUUAAUGGUACAGAUGCAAAUGCUUCUUGCUUCAUUAAGUCUCAAAUGAAAAGUCUUGCAAAUGGUAAUGAAGUUAAACAGUAUGAACUAUAUUUUCAAAUAAGCUCUAAGGAAGAACUAUUGCUUCAUUUAAUAGACGAAAAAGACGGGCUUAGAAAAAUGAUAGACUUAUGUACUGAUGGUAUACUUGAAAAGGAAAUGUCUCAGUAUUUAUCAUCAAUUCUUCGUGUACUCGAACAACCGUCAGAAAUUCGACGCAAACUUGAUCACAUACCAAUAGAUGCGUAUGACCUUCCGUCUGCCUGGAAUGUUUCAGUGUUUCCUAGGCCAGGGACGUAUGUAGAAGAAAAAUUCCAUCCUUUCUUGAAACAAAGUAUUUUUCCAUUUAAAAUUCACGAAUACAUGUACGUUGCACUUGAAGUAGAAGACGCCGACGAUGUCAUAGAUUCAGUGUAUAUAUAUGCUCAUAUCAUAAGUGAAAGCAGCACAGCUCCAGGUGACUCAAUUCUUAGAAUUACAUAUAAUGUUGACAUUGGGCGCAGUGAUGGAUUGAUAACGGUACCAUUAUAUCGCCUGUACAGAUUUAAACCCAAACAACCAGAGGAGGUAAAUGCUUUAGUCGUGUUUGACAUUGAACCAAUAGGAUCUAUUCCAAUUGAUGAAAACUUUCGUCGUGUUAGGCAAAUGCUGUCGGAAGCUUGGAUCAUGGAUGAAAUCGAGCGAAAAAGGGUGAUACGUCGUUUGUUAACUCAGUGGCAUCCUGAUAGAAAAAGAGAUCACCGACCAUAUGCUGAGCGAGUUUAUAACUACGUACAUGAAGUAGUCAUAAAAUUAGAGCACAAGGAACAUAUUGAUGAUGUUUUUACAAAUGAAACAGGUAGAAUGCCACCAGACAUGUCCCGUUCACCAUUCGGAUCGGCUAGCACCGCUGCUGUUUACAACAGAGGCUGUAGACUUGCUGCAGGUUUUCGUGAUAACAUUAAUGAUUACUACAGGUCAACAAGAACAGGUAACUUCGCCCACAUUAGAGCAGAAGAGGCAGUGGUACGUCAUGUUAGAGAAGCGAAAAGAUGGCACCGGCAAGCAGUAAAUGAUUUUAAAGCUGCCGAGAGUAAUGUUAGCACUGGAGAGCAAGACCAAAGUUUUAACUGGGUGUGCUAUAAAUGCCAUCAGGCAUCAGAGAAGGCGUUGAAGGCAGGUUGGUUUGCAACCAAUGCAAACAAGGUGAACAGACGAGAACAUUCUCUUACAACUAUUGCAAUUGGUCUGGACGGCGGAUCUUUGCGGAAUGAAGCUAGUAAUUUAGAAGCUAUAACUGGAAAUUACUCAUGUAUGCGGUACCCAGACGCUGUUGCUGGACUCCAGAUACCUUCGGAAAUGUUUGAUCGCACAAAGGCCGAACAGGCAGUUGAAGUCACAAAGCGCAUACUGGACAUGGUUGCUGAUUUCCUCGACUAGAUUUGGAAAAGAGGGCAGUGCUAAAUUACUUAGUGCGAAUAUCGCAAUGUAACAUUAACGAUAAUGACACGAUUAUAUGUUGCAUCCUUAUUAUCGUAACAUUUAACAAGUUAUAGGUAAUAAGUUAUUUUGGCAUACCACACAAUUGUUAGAUAUUAUUUCACGUCUUAUUUCGUUUUUUUACAUGAUUGUAUUAACUUUAACGCGAACAGCUGUGUUUAAAGUUUGAUAAAUGGAGAAAUAUUACCAUAUGUAAAUCGUCUUUUAUUACAACCUAUUGCAUGAAGUGUUAAGAGUGCCUGAUUACUUUGCAAAUGUUUUUGUCUAAUGAGCUGUCUGUAGAUACAUAACUUAUACGUGUUAUGAAUUGUUGCAGGUAAAAAAAGUUCAUAUAGCAUCAUGGCAACAGUUUUAUAUUUGUAUGCAAGUCUGUUGAAUUGAACAUUUGUCUGUCUUGUUUUCAUUUAUUUUGUUUGUAGAAGGAACUAAAUUUCAUUGUAGCUUUAAAUUAAGAAAUAAUGUAUAAAAUGCAUAUGCAUUAUAUUCAUACAAGGUUGUUUUCUCUGUGUGCCAUACAUAUAUUUUCAGUCAUUCCUUGUGGCCAUAUGGAAUGUGAACAGGUCGUGUCAGAUAUAAGAUGAUUAUUGUGCACGUUUCCGGUAAUUGGAAUUGGUUACAAGGUCAAGCACAGUAUCUAUGUAAAGUUAUGUACAGUCAAACUUGUGCUAGCGACCACCCGUGAAUAGCGACCACCUGUCGACAACGACCGGUCUCUGGUCCUCACGUAGAAAAAUGCUCAUAAAAAGGCCGUGAAUAGCGGCCACCUGGCGACCGCGACCAGCGACCGGCCUAAUUCAUUCCCAAGGGUCAUAUUUGCCCCCCAAUAACGACCAAGCUGGACCGUUCCGGCAUGAAAAUAUUUGAAAUCCACCGAAAUUUCACGAUUUUCGCAUUAUAGCAAACAUAAUAAUUACUGCUUGAUUGAAAAUUUGCAAGUUUGCACCGGCCGAAUCAAUACAUAGAACGUAAAGAAAGCAAGAAGCUAUAAAAAUACUUUUUAUCAGCAUGAAAUUGGCUAACUGAGAAGUGACCAUUCCCCCCAAAUAAAGACCACCUGUGAACAAAGACCACUUUUGCUUGUUCCGAAGAGUGGUCUUUGUUCACCGGUUUGACUGUAUAUAGUAAUGUUUCUGAUUACACUUUAUUAGGUUUUUGUUGUUUGUUGCAUUUUACCUAAAACGAAAUGUUGUAUGUCACUCUUGCAUCUCUGUAGUAAUGACUGACACAUACGCUUACAGUUCAACUACUGAUGUUUUAGUGAUUUUGACUGUUAUAUUUAGUUAAUAUAUUUUUUGAAUAAUUGUAUCGUAAGAUAAUAUCUUUUUUACAAUUUCAAACCAGUAUCUGUUUCGUUGUCUGUAAAUGAUUACUUUGUGUGUAAAUAUGUAAUUGCUUUUUGCUCAUUGAUAUGUGAAGAGAUUUUAGUUUUGUUAUUAGCAUUUGCAACAUUUAGAGAUCCACUUUGUUUCUACAAAUUGGUCUGCAAUGUUGUACCAAGCUGCGUAUAAAGCGAAACGCAAACAAUGCGGUUUUAAAAUGUAAAUUAGUUUUGUUUUUAGUAUGCAAUGUUACAUAGUAUUAGCGGUAGUAUUUAGCCGUAACGGUUGCUCAUUGUACAGAUAUUUUACUGGCAUUGCUCAUUGCGGAAGUAUUUAGCCUUUGCAGACCUUAUUAGAAACAGUAUUCAGCCAUUGAUUUAUGCAUAAAUGUUUUGCAAAUAAUGCACCUUGUAUCUUACUUAAAACAUGCGUUUGUGCUAAUAUAUAUUCUUAUACCUAACAUUCAUACAUGAACUGUAUAUUUGAUAUAUAUCUAUUCGUACA